GAAACGGCCAUGGUCGCCCACGCAGGAGGCCCCGCCCCUAACCCGACCCUCGUCAGGCUGAGUGACGGCGUGGAGUGCCGCCUGCUGGACAUGGCCAAGGCGGGCCGGCCGCUCGUCGUUAACUUCGGCAGCUGCACAUGACCUCCGUUCAUGGCCAGCCUCGGGAAGUUCCGCAAGCUGACAGCGGAAUACUCCGAGGUGGCCGACUUCGUCCUGGUCUACAUUUCGGAGGCGCAUCCCACGGACGGCUGGGCCAUCGAGGGAAAUGUGUUCCAGGUCUCCAACCACAAAAACAUGAAAGAGCGCGUGGAAGCAGCAAAGCGCAUGGUCGCCAUGGAGCCCCAAGAUUGCCCGAUUCUCCUGGACAAGUUGGACGACGCAGCCAACAAGGCGUACGCUGCUCUGCCCGAGAGGCUCUACAUUGUGCACGAAGGAUCCAUCGCCUUCAAGGGCGACCAAGGGCCCUUGCACUACAAGGUGCAUAAAGUAGAGGACUGGUUAAAGGCAUACAAGGAAAAGCGAGAAUAGACAGGAAUAGAGAGAGACGGCAUCUGCGAAGAAUAAUUGGAAAAAUGAGCGCUGUUAUUUACAUAUUGUUUUCAGAAUGGAUUUCUAGUCAUAUUGUAGAAAUUCCAC